CGCAGCCAAGCCAGCACUGCCAGAGUGUAAAUAAACAUGGCGACUGAGGCGGUAUGGUUUAGCGUAGUGUAUGCUAUGAUAUGUGUUUAUAUCCUUACGCCACCUACAGAAUUUGUGACAGCUGGUUUGACUCUUACACAUCUCUUCGGAAGGUUCAUCGACAAAGAGGAUGUGAAGUUCGUUGAGCACCACAUUCAGAGGACACUGUUGACUGUUAUCGUUCAUACUUUUCUGCCGCUAGGUUACUUCUUUGGUUUCAUGAACCUGAUUGAAGAUGACAGCUUGGUGGAGCUAUGGCAGUCCAAGCUGCUGUGGCAGGCAGGCCUGGCCGUAUCUUGCCUGGUGUUCACAGCAGGUAUUGUGGUAGCCUUCACAUGGUCCAUGGCAGACUGGGCCCGACAUCCUGUGACCCAGCGGCUCUUGCAGUACGGUAGCCCUUGGCACAUCAUUGCCAUGCGCAUCAAUGCAGAAUUCUCCCAGGUUGACAAGUUCAUCAGUGGUGCAGGGUCUCUCACGCGCACUGUAGUGACCAAUUCAUGGAUCAUCAAAGCUACACCCUACAACUUGCAUCUGAUCCAACAGACAGAUGCGGUACUGGAACUGGUGAGCAGUGCUGAGCACUCCGUGUCACAUGUCAGUGGCAUGGGUAUUCAGUACCUGGACAUACUGGUCAAGAGCCGCAGGCCUGGAAUACCAUCAUUUACCAUAAGGGUGAAUUCAAUGGAGUACAAUGACCUGAAGGAAAAGCUGCAGGCUCCAUUGGACAAUGUGCGCAAUAUUGUAAUACACCGUAGUCUUAGCGACAGGUUUACUGAUGCCUUCAGAAGCCAUGUUGAACAGAAUUCCAGGUACAGGCUGCCAGCAGGCAUGGAACUGGAGCCAUGCAUUGGCUGCAUGCAGACAACGGCCAACGUAAAGCUGCAGAAACUCUGUGAUGAAGCACUAGUAGGCCAGUGCCAGGGCUGCUUGUGUCGACCAAUGUGGUGCCUGGAUUGCAUGGGUCGUUGGUUUGCCAGCCGGCAGGACCAGGCACGCCCUGAGACAUGGCUAGGAAGUCGCUGCUUUUGCCCAACGUGCAGGUCCGUGUUCUGCAUGCUCGACGUGUGCAUCGUUGAAGCCUAGUUUACCUACCAUCGACACGUUCUCCUGGAAGUUUGAUCUUGACUGCUCUCACUGGGCGUGAGCACUUGGUGACCACAUUUUGACAUACCACCUAUUAUGCAAACAAUGAAGAUAAAUCUAAAGUUUAGGCUUUCUUGUAGGUCAUCUAGAAGGAAAUGCACUGAAAGUUCUCACACUGAACGAAGCAUCUCCCUGUUUU